UUUUUUUUUGCUAAUUAAUAGUUGUGAAAAAAUUAAACAAAUUUUGAUUUUUUUGAAGUUUCUACGUGGUUUACAUUAUUAAAACUACAUUCUACCCAUUACGUGUAAUUUUUCUCUUAAUGGAAAUUCUGCAUUCUUAUUAAAAAGAUUCAAAAUCGUUUUUGGCCGGUGUCUGCCAAAUUGAAAAUCUUUGAAAAAGGUUUACUUGCACAAAAUUAAUUAACAAUGGAUUCAGAUGAUUCUCGACCAGGCUCUUCGGCUUCAAAUAGUUCAUCCAAUUCUUCUCAAAAUUCAAGACAAUCGACUAAUUACAAUGAAGAAAAGCCUGACACUCCAUCACAUAUUGCAGGAACAAGCCCAACUAGCAGUUCAAGAAGUCGGCGUUCGCGACGUUCGGGCUCUGCAUACGGAGGUUCACAAAAUUCACGUUCUAAAUCCAAAUCUGAUUCAGAUUCUUCUUCAAAUACCUCUCUUAGUGAUGAUGACGAAGAUGAUGAAACGAAAUCAUCAAACAACGCAAACCUUGAAAAAAAUUAUGUUUCAACCUGUACUGAGAGUGGUAAAGACAUCGAUAAUAAACGAAAAUUAUCAACCUCUCCUUCUUUAAUGUCUCGUCAUAGUUCAAGAGAGAGUAGUUUAUCAUCGAAUGGAAGUAGAAGUAACAGUGGUGAACGCCAACAAGAAAAUUCUGAAUUAAAUAUAACUCAUGAAGAUCUUAGCGAUGUCAGUGAUUUAGAAAGCGAUAAGCGGACUUCGGUUUAUAAUACAAAAUCAUCAGCUGAAUGUGUUAGCACAACUGAUGGCAACGAAUUUGGAGAAAAAGAAAAUAAUAUUACUGACCUACGUCAAAAAUUGGAAAAAAAGAAGUACCAAUUGAAUGAAAAGUGCACAACUCCUACGAGAGAAGAUGAAAAAAUAAUUCCCAAAGGAAAAUCUGAAGAAUCAUUUGAAGAUUUAGUUAAACCUCACGAUGAAGAUGCGUUAGACUUUGAAGCAGAGGAAGGUGAAUGUCAUGAAGCAAGUAAAAAUGAAGAAGAAAAACCAGAAUCUGAUAAAGAAAAUUCUAAAAGUGAGGAAAAAAACAAUUUGCCGAAAAAGGAUGAGAUAGAUGAUGAAGAAUUGGAAGAAGGAGAAGUAUCAGACGAAGAUGAGAAACGUCCAGAAGAGACAGAGCCUAAACCAGUAUGUCGAUUUUAUACACGUGGCCAAUGUACAUGGGGUAUGAGUUGUCGUUUUCUUCAUCCCGGCGUUACUGAUAAAGGCAACUAUACCAUGUUCGACUUAGUUCGGCCAGUUCCACUACAACCAAGUGGAAGUUCGGUUGGAACCCGUGCAUCUAAUUAUUCGUUGCAUGGUGCGGAUUUUCAUGAUUAUCGAAAUGAACGCCCUGCAAUACAUCAUCGUAGUUCAUCUCUACAUCAUAGUACUACUGUCUUUCCAUCGAAUCAUGAAACUCGUAAAGUAGCAUUGGAUGUACCAGUUGUUGUUGAAAGUGCAUGGGAAAGAGGUCUACGCACUGCAAAAGAAAUGAUGAGAAAAGCCAAUAAGCGAAAAGAGCAAGAUAUGGAUUUUGAAGAUAAGAAAAUGAAUUUGACACUGUCGCCAGAUGAGUUAGAAAAAGAUCCAUAUUAUUUGAAGGAAAGAUUAUCUCCAUCCGAGACUGCUCGACAUCCUUUAUAUGCUGAACCAGUAGCAGAUGUCUAUAACGCUGGAGAUCGUUAUGGGCGUGGACCUCCAUUGCCACAUUACGAUGAAGUUGAUCCAUAUGGUCGAUCUACUCGGUAUAGAGAGCUUCCUCCUCAUCGAAUGCCGCAGUAUGAAGAUGAGAGGCGUGUUCGUCCGGCACGUGAGGUGAUUGUACAAAGAGUUGAGCCUUUAGGUCGUGGCGAUGACUGGAACGAUCCUUGGAUGCGUUCAAAGUCACCAAAUGGCCGAGGAGGAUCCCGUGACCACGGAGAAAAAAGGCGCAGAGAGCGACGCAGUUACAGCAGUAAUUCAUCUUAUUCAAGUUCAAGCAGUUCUCAAUCAGAUUCUAGUUCCGACUCCAGUCGUUCUGUUAGCCCACGCAACCGGCACAGACGUCGAUAUAAUAGCAGUUCACACAAAGCUUCUUCUCCUUCAGCAACACGUAGAUCUAGCGGCCGAAAUUUACGAUCACUUACUCCUCCAUCAAGAAGGCCAAGGGGAUCCCCAAGUUUGCGCCAGUCACCAAACAUGAAAAGAAGAGCCAAUAUGUCAUCUCCAGUUUAUAAUAGAGGAAACGUAUACAGUCCAGUACAUAAGAGAAAUAGAUUAUCACCAUUAACAAAGAAGAUUCGUGGUGAUAAAACAAAAAUUAGGCGUAGACAUUCUUCAAGCUCUUCUGAUUCAGAUUCUACAGCUUCAGACUCCGAAUCAGACUCGGGAUCUUCUUCAUCCGGAAGUUCAUCGCAAUCCAGAGACCAUACUCCGCCUAAGCGAUCACGAAAUUCUGAUAGAUUGGCAACUAAUGAAAGAAAAGGACUCAAAAAAGAUCUUCCGAAAAAGAGGUCUCCAAUUUCAAUUGAGUUGAAAAAGCCGACAACAGUGGGAGUUUCAGCAUUAACAUCUCCGUCUCAAGCUUCAUCUACCGAGAAGGAUUCAAAAAAAUCACGACGUGAAGAGCUUCUCAAGCAGUUGAGGGCGGUUGAGGAUGCAAUUGCAAAGAAACGUUCAAAGCUUGCAUAAUAAAAUGGAAAUCAAGACAUCAACUUAGUAGUUGCAAAAGAUGAAUUAAUUUUUUACUUUAAUUAUUUUCAAAUUAAAGCUCCAUUGACAAAAUUAUAAAAUAAAUAUAUUAUACAUAAUAUACUAA